AGCUCGCACGGGUGCGCCCCGGCCCCGCAGGCGGCAGCAGGAUGAUCGAGGUGGUCUGCAACGACCGGCUGGGCAAGAAAGUGCGCGUCAAGUGCAACACAGAGGACAGCAUCCGCGACCUGAAGAAACUCAUCGCGGCUCAGACCGGGACCCGCUGGGACAAGAUUGUGCUGAAGAAAUGGUACACCAUUUUCAAGGACCAUGUUUCACUGGGAGACUAUGAAAUCCAUGAUGGCAUGAACCUGGAGCUAUACUAUCAGUAGUUUGGACUUGAGCUGCAAUUGUAUAUGGCAGGCAGCACACUUUCUGCUUUCUUUCUCUUAAUAUUAAACAUGUCUAUAUAUUUCCUUAUUUAGUGUAAGGUGAAAGAGAAAAGCUCCAGCUGUGCGUAUAGUUUAGUCAGAGCUAUUUGGCUUUGGCAAUAACACAGGCAGCAAACUUAUAAGAAAAUUGUUUAUGUUCUUAAAUUUGUGUUUGUAAUAAAUGUUUCCUGACAGUU